AUGGCCAAAGAAUGCGCUGGAAAUGGAAAUGACAUGAAAGGACAAAAGGGCGAAAAAGGUGAAAAAGGUAUGCAAGGACAAGAUGGGCCAACUGGGCCAACUGGGCCAACUGGAGACAAAGGGAUGAAAGGUGAUAUGGGACAAGAUGGGCCAACAGGGCCAACUGGAAACAAAGGUAUGAAGGGUGGUAUGGGUUUGACUGGACCAACAGGACAAGAUGGGCAAACAGGGCUAACAGGGCCAACUGGGGACAAAGGGAUGAAAGGUGAUAUGGGUAUGACAGGUCCAACAGGACAAGAUGGGCCAACAGGACCAACUGGAGACAAAGGGGUUAAGGGUGAGAUGGGUUUGACAGGACAAGAUGGACCAAGUGGAUCAACAGGGGCAGAUGGACCACCAGGACCAACUGGAGAAAAGGGGAUGAAGGGUGAGAAAGGCAAGACAGGACCAGAGGGGCCAACAGGACCAACUGGAGAAAAGGGGAUGAAGGGUGAGAAAGGCAAGACAGGACCAGAGGGGCCAACAGGACCAAAUGGUCAAAAAGGAAUGAAGGGAGACACUGGAAUGAAGGGCCAGCAAGGAGAGAGAGUCAUGGACUCUCCUCCCCCAUUUUCUAAAAGUAUGAAGGGAAUGAAGGGCAACAAUGGAAUAGGUCAGAAGGGAGAAAAGGGAAUGCCGGGCCAAAUCAUCAUCUUCCCCUUCAUGGCAACAACACCGGCUUUCCUGUCCAAAGGAACCACUGGUUCUUUUAGAACGACUGCACCUUUUGGAACGACUGGUCGAUUCGCAACUAAAGGCCCUUUUGGAACGACAUUUCGAUUCGGAACUAAAGGUCCUUUUGGAACGACAUUUCGAUUCGGAACUAAAGGUCCUUUUGGAACGACAGGUGGAUUCGGAACUAAAGGUCCUUUUGGAACUAGUCUAGUUCUAUUCGGAAUUAAAGGCCCUGGUAAAAAGACUGGAGUCUUUGGUAAAACAAGAACAUUUGGCCUAUUUGCAGACUUAGGGCGGAAAAACAUCAUCCCAAAGCUAGGCCCAGUCGACAAUGUUUUAGGAUUUUUAAAAAGAAUAGGCCAGCGGUCCGAGUUAAAAGAGAAUGAAAGAUUUGAUCAGAUCACUCAAAAUGUCCAGUCCCAGAAAGCAGGAUUGGUGACACUGGGAGGACUCAUAAUGUUCCUAUUAGUUGGGAUGUUUGGAAUGAAGGGCAACAAUGGAAUAGGUCAAAAGGGAGAAAGGGGGAGUCCAGGAAUGAAGGGAAUGAAGGGCAACAAUGGAGUAGGUCAGAAGGGAGAAAGAGGAAUGAAGGGCAACAAUGGAGUAGGUCAGAAGGGAGAAAGAGGAAUGAAAGGCAAUAAUGGUCAAAAGGGAGAAACGGGAAUGAAAGGCAACAAUGGGCAAAAGGGAGAAAGGGGAAUGCCGGGCCAAAUCAUCAUCUUCCCCUUCAUGGCAACAACACCGGCUUUCCUGUCCAAAGGAACCACUGGUUCUUUUAGAACGACUGGACCUUUUGGAACGACGGGUGGAUUCGCAACUAAAGGCCCUUUUGGAACGACAGUUCGAUUCGGAACUAAAGGUCCUUUUGGAACGACAUUUCGGUUCGGAACUAAAGGUCCUUUUGGAAAGACAGUUCGAUUCGGAACUAAAGGUCCUUUUGGAACGACAGGUGGAUUCGGAACUAAAGGUCCUUUUGGAACUAGUCUAGUUCUAUUCGGAAUUAAGGGCCCUGGUAAAAAGACUGGAGUCUUUGGUAAAACAAGAACAUUUGGCCUAUUUGCAGACUUAGGGCGGAAAAACAUCAUCCCAAAGCUAGGCCCAGUCGACAAUGUUUUAGUAUCACGUGGAAAAGAGCAACAAGAGCUAAGGAAGAACUACGGGAGCUACAUCACCACAACGUUAAAAUAA